AUGGCCUGGUUUCUCUGCCGCCUGCUCCGCCGGAGCGGAGCGAAGCUCCCCGCUGGUUCUGGUGCCCAUCUUCCUCUCCAGCGUCUGGAUGUCUCUCUAUGCUCCUUCCCGGUUUUCCCUCCGCGGAAGGCCCGGCAGGCGACCCGCCGCCUGCUGAAGCUCCUCUCCUCCCGCCGGCAAGAGCUCGCCGGCGCACUGGAGACCUUGGAGAGUGAUCCCAUUAGUCUCUACUCCUCCCAUGCGGCGGCGCUCGUCUCGGCGGUGGCGGAUCCUCUCAUCUCCUUCGACCUCUACCGGUUCCUCAGGUCCGCCGGCGGCGGCGGCGGGGGGGCCUCCUUCCGACCCACCUCCUCCCUCCUCUGCUCCCUUCUGGGCUCGCAGCUCAGGUCCCGCUCGCCCCGCCCCUUCAGGCUCCGCUUCUACCUUGGGGAGAUGAAGAAGCACGAGGCCCACCCCAGCUACGAGGAAUUCCGAGCCCUGACCAGCUGCCUCAACCCCUCCCUCGCGGGUUCUUUCUUCGAAGAGGUGAUUGAAACCCUGGGGCCUGAUUCCACCACAUUCGCCGCCGCCAUCUCCUUCUACGUAGAGAACGGCCUGGUCGAGGAGGCGCUCGGCCUGGCGGAGCGGGCGAGGAAGGAGGUGGAGGGUCCUCACUGCGUGGAGUUCUACUCCAGCUUGAUGGGUCUGCACAGGAUCAGAAGAGACCCCAAGGCGGCCAUGGAAGCGUUCCUGGAGAUGGAGGAGGGGGCAGAGGUGGCCGCCGGCGAGGGGACCUAUUGGGUAUUGCUGGAGAUCUUGUGUGUCGCCGGGUGGGCGAAGCUCUGCUGGGCGAUCCUGCAGAGAAUGAAGGAGCGAGGCGGCUUCAAUUCGCCCAGCGAAAGCUCUGGAUUGAUCCUGAUGAGAGCCUUCCUGCAACGGGACAUGGUCCGAGAAGCGGAGUGGCUGUUCAGAGAAGGAGUUCUCAGAGAGAAGGAGAGCUGUGCUGUAUUCGCAGAGCUGAUGUCGGAGAAGAAGAUGCCUCUGGCGGCGCUCGAGCUCCUGAGAACCACACCCCACCUGAUCUCCUGCGUUGAAUUCCUCAUCAAGGGUUGCGGCAAGGCCGGCCUAGUGGAAGAUGCUGAGACCAUCUUCCGGGAGUUCGGAUUCUCCGAGAACGAACCAGUCCGACGGCGGCUACCACUGCUCUCUUCGAUGGUUUUUGUCUACUCUCGAGCCGCCCGGAGGAGCUCGGCAGAGAGAGCAUGGAGUCAACUGGAAGCGUCGGGGGGGCUGGCGGCGGAGCCCUGUCUGUGGAUGAUGUCCAUGUAUGGAGAGAUGGGCCUGUUCGAUUCCGUAGAGAAGGUGUUUGACCAGUGGAAGAACAGCGGCGUCCCUCUAAACGAGGACGGGUACGGUGCUCUAGUCAACGCCUACACCAGAGCCGGCAAGUUGAUCAAGGCGAGGGGCUGUCUCUCCGAGAUGAGAAAAUCUGGGCUCCGACCGCCGCCGGCGAUCUGUUAUCAAAUCUCCGAGGGUUUCCUCAGAGCCGGUCUUCUGACCCAGGCUGCAGCUGUGGCCAACGAGCUUAGGGUUUCUGGGUCGUGGGUGGACGAUGGUAGAGCUUAG